GGAACGGAGUUGGGACGGAGGUGGAGCACGGACCGAUGAAAGUCAGCAUGAAAGUUCAAGUGCUGCUAUCGGCUUGCUAUCGGCACGCUACAGUUUCGGUUUCGCCACCUAUAGUAUUGACGCAUGCGUACUGCGUAGUUUGGCCCCGACAAAAUCAAAGAUGGAAGGCAGAGAACAUCGCAGUAAGCGUGAUCACGAUGAAGAAAACCGCCACAUAUCAUCAGUUGCUAGCAAGGUGGCCAGCAGGCCGACCCUCGACCUUGAAGCAGAGUGGGCUUCCUUCGAGGCCAGCAUCGGAAGCUCUUCCUUCGUCGACGAGACUCCAGGGGGCGCCGCCGAUGAGCGACCGCCGCCGCGGAGUCGUCGCGGGGAUCCAGCGAGAGCGAAGUCGCGGCUCGUUGACGUGGCGUCGACGUCUGAGGAGGAGGAGGAGUCGGGAAGUGAAAUUUCAGAUGGCGAAAAUGAAAUGAAAGGCAAACGAAAGGGUGACAGGGCCAAUCCCCGAAAGGAGAGCAGGAGCAGUUUGAAGGAGCAUCCGAGUAAAAAGAAGAAAAGAAGAAGAAGAAGCAGCAGCAGCAGCAGCAGCAGUAGUAGUAGUAGUAGCAGCAGCAGCAGCAGCAGCAGCAGCAGCAGUAGCAGCAGCAACAGUAGCAGCAGCAGCAGCAGCAGCAGCAGCAGUAGCAGCGAGGGAAACCUUAAGGGAGUAAGAAAAACCAGCAAGAGCAAGAAUAAAAACCCAAGUGUGAAGAGCAAAAUUCUUAGCAAAAAGGCAGAACGCAAGGAAAGUAAAGAGAGCAUUCCUAGAAGAGCGAGGGAGCCCAGAGUAAUCAGAGAGAGGAGCCCUAGUGGAGAGAAAGCACGUCGCGAAAUUGAAGAGAGAAGCCUCAGUAGAGAGAUAGAAUUUAGAGUAAUUAAAGGGAGAAACCCGAGCAGAGAGAGGGAGCCCAGAGUUAUUAAAGAGAGAAGCUCCAGUAGAGAGGAGGCACGUAGCAAAACUGAAGAGAGGAGCCCCAGCCGAGAGCGAGAAGGCAGCCUGGGUAGGGAAAGGAGCAUCAGCUGUGAGAGGGAAGCUAUCGCCGGCAAUAGGGAAGCUGGAGGAGGGGCGUGGCCACCCCUCGCCGCGAGCCCGUCUCCGUCUCCGUCCCCGCCUCCGCCUCCAGGCGUCGCCACGAUCGCACCGACGCCGUGGCAGCCGGCGCCGGGGUCGCCGGCGGCGAAGCGGGUCGCAUCGAGGUCAACGUCAAGGUCGCCGACGCCGGAGGAUACACUGCGACGCGGGCGGCGUCACCGGUCGCGCACGCCCACCAGGAGGCGCCGCUCGGGGUCGGGCGACGAGCGGCGGGGGCAGCAGCAGAGGUUGGGUUCGGGGCCGCGCGCGUCGGACAAGAGGCGUCGCUCCCGCACGCCGACGCCGCCUACGAAGCGACGGAGGUCGCGGUCGGGGUCGGUGUCGGACGGCGGGUCGUCGCCCGUCGCCGUGGAAACGAGAGAGUCGCGAUCGAGCUCCCGCGACAUGGAAACGGAGACCGCUGCCGUGAUCGCGGCCGUCCCGUAA